AUGGCGGAUAUACAAGAACUACCGAUGGAUCGAGCGGAAGUUGCUGCAAGGCGGGAUAAAGAUGGUUUGCUUGAUCUUUUGGAUGAGAGGCUUGAACACUAUCUGCACACGCUACAUGAGUAUCAGGAGGUUAUGCAGCAGCUUUCCAAGGAGCUGUCCUCAGGAUAUAUGUCUCUAGCUCAAGCAAACUUUCAUAACUCGUCUUCUGCGAUCCGGUAUGGACGGGACUGCUAUGACGAACGUAUGCAGGCUUUACGGAAGGUCCACAUCUCCGAAAACGGAUGCGCCAGAAGUGAUCGACCUCACUUUUCCAUCUACUCACCAUCCAUUACUACCCAGUAUGCCGAUGUCAACAAUCCCACAAACCCGGCAGAUCAGGCAAACCCAGCUGAAGGACCAGACCUCCCAACCCCCGGAGAAGGUGACGCAAACCCCACUCCAGACACAGGCCAUCAAUCCUCUCAAGAGGCAGAGAAAGCAAAAAAAGAGACCAAGUCUACAGAAAAGCCCGCAGAUCCACUCAGAUGGUUUGGUAUUCUUGUCCCACCCGCUCUACGAACCGCACAGUCGACAUUUGUCCUUACUGCCACAGUCAUGCUUGCUCCAACGCGUCAUGCACUGAACAAGGUGACGGGCGGUACUGCGAUACUCACAGGUGUGGUGGGGGGUGUUACAACGAGAAGGCGGAGGGAUAUGAUACUUGUUCUGACCAUUAUAUCAAGCCAAAACGCCACUGGUGGGAUUGAUAGCAUCAUGGAGACUUGA